CCUUGCUCCAGACGCACGUGAACGCGCCCGAGAAGAAGAAACUCUCGCACGCUGGCAAACGGGGUCACGAACUAUGACCUUUCACUGGAGUAAAAACAAUAACAAAUAAUGUGCAAUAAACGAGAGGGCAUAAAAAAACACGUCUGUUCAUAUCACAGGUGGAGGUGUUGUUGGCAGAUGCAGAACUGGUCCAAUCAGACACUUCUAAUGACCUCACAUGACCAUGACAACCAAUAUGGAGGUGCUGGCUCAGCAGAUAUUGAGCACUGAGCAGAUUUCAGAGGUACAGUCAUCUCCAUCAGACAGCUCAGUGAUGAGCAACUCUCCUCAGCGCAUUCAGAUCAUCUCCACUGACCCCUCCAUCACGACCCCGCAGAGAAUACAGAUAGUCACUGACCAGCAGACGGGUCAAAAAAUUCAGAUAGUGACGGCACUGGACUCAAACACUGUUCCCAAACAGCAGUUUAUCCUGGCGUCGCCGGAGAGCACCAGUGCCAAACAGCUCAUCUUCGCCACCGCUGACAGUCUGGUGCCCGGACGAAUCCAGUUUGUGACAGAUGCAGUGUCAGUGGAGAGGCUUCUGGGUAAAGGGGCAGACAUGAGCCGAGCCCAGCCUAUAGAGUACUGUCUGGUGUGUGGAGAUAAAGCCUCAGGGAGGCAUUACGGGGCAGUCAGCUGUGAAGGUUGUAAAGGCUUCUUCAAGCGAAGUGUGCGCAAGAGUUUGACAUACAGCUGUCGCAGUGGCCAGGACUGUGUGGUCAACAAACACCACCGCAACCGCUGCCAGUUCUGCCGUCUCCGCAAAUGCUUGGAGAUGGGCAUGAAGAUGGAGUCUGUACAGAGCGAGAGGAAACCCAUCGAUCUUCCCAGAGAGAAACCGGCCAACUGUGCAGCGUCCACUGAGAAAAUCUACAUCAGGAAAGACCUGCGAAGUCCCCUCAUCGCAACACCAACCUUCAUCUCUGAGAAAGACGCUUCACGGUCCAGGCUGUUGGACUCUGGGAUGCUUGUCAAUAUCCAACAACCUUUAAUACAGGCUGAUGGCACAUUACUAUUAGCAACAGACAAAGCGGAGUCAGGACAGGGUGAUCUGGGGACGCUGGCUAAUGUGGUUUCGUCAUUAGCAAACCUGAACGACUCGCUCAGUAACGGAGAAUCGACAGACGCUCAGCUGGAGGAUUCACCCAGUGAAAUCACACGUGCCUUCGACACGCUGGCUAAAGCCCUGAACCCCAGUGAUGCGGCGGAGGGGCGGAGCUUGUCGCAGGUGGACGGGGGGGGCGGAGCUACAAUACAGGUGAUCAGCAGGGACCAGAUCACACCGCUCAUAGAAGUCGAGGGACCUCUGCUUACAGACACACACGUCAGCUUUAAGUUGACGAUGCCAAGCCCGAUGCCGGAGUAUCUGAAUGUGCACUACAUCUGUGAGUCUGCGUCACGCCUGCUCUUCCUCUCCAUGCACUGGGCGCGCUCUAUCCCAGCAUUCCUUGCUCUCGGGCAGGAGUGUAACACGGCUCUGGUACGAGCAUGCUGGAAUGAGUUGUUUAUUCUGGGUCUGGGUCAGUGCGCUCAGAUCAUGAGUUUGUCCACUAUUCUCGCUGCCAUCGUCAAUCAUCUGCAGUCCAGUAUCCAGGACGUAGACAAGCUAUCGAGUGAACGCAUCAAGCUAGUGAUGGAGCACAUAUGGAAGCUGCAGGAGUUCUGCAACAGCAUGGCGAAGCUACAGACGGACGGAUACGAAUACGCCUAUUUAAAAGCCAUCGUCCUCUUCAGUCCAGAUCAUCCAGGUUUGAGUAGCUGUGGCCAGAUUGAAAAGUUCCAGGAAAAAGCGCAGAUGGAGCUCCAGGAUUAUGUGCAAAAGACCUAUCCUGAUGAUACCUACAGGUUGGCCCGAAUCCUGUUGCGUUUGCCAGCGUUGCGGUCGAUGAGUUCCAAUAUAACCGAGGAGCUGUUUUUUACAGGCCUCAUUGGCAACGUACCGAUCGACAGUAUCAUUCCAUAUAUCCUUAAAAUGGAGACUGCGGACUACAACAGCCAAACGACAGGCCUCGCUGUGUGAUCACACACAACUCCCAUCAUCCCUCGCAUAUAUCACAUUAUACUGAACCAACCAACAAGCUCUACCUCAAGAGGAGCUGCAACAGUGAAAGCCUUUCAGUGUGUGACCCUAGAAAUAUUGUGUUGUAGUUUACAGAAAGGUGCAUUAUGGGACUUUGAGUUCCAAAGACGGGACAUUUGCCUCAAAAAUUAAACAAAUGCCUUUCUUUUUUUAAAACAUAAUUUAAAAACAGUUGAGCACUUCAUGAUGAUUCCAAUGGAUGCAAUCCAUUUUUUUUUUUUUAUGACUUAUGAAAACAAUAUCUACAGCAAUGGACUGUUGAACGAUCCUUUCCCAUGGAAGACGCGAUCCUCGAUUGAAUGUAACCGCUGAUAUCAAGACAUUUCUCUGGAUCCCUGAAUCUAGGUCACAUUUUACAGUUCAGAUCUGGUUUAAUAUUUCUCCAUCAUAAUGCAGUUAUUGAUAUGAAUGGGAAUAUUGUGUUUCCCACAGCUCAUUAUUGCUCUGUACCGUCACUUCUGACAAUCAGCCUCUCCUCAAUAUCCUUUAUUUAUUAUUUCACCGAGUCCAACUCUAAAGUCCAUGCAAAUGUAGAUGAUUUCAGAAAUCAUCUGUGUUAUUAAAUGGCAUAUUUGAUCUGUAUCUUUAUAGCAUUCGACCGCUGCUGCCAUGUACAAACGGUGUCGUUUCUCCUGUCAGAUGUAAUAUAUGCACAACUAUGAUGGUUUAAUGCAAUUAGAUUACUAACAUGCUUUCAUUUGCAGAUCUUUCACAUUUUGUCCUGGUUUAUAGCGAUUAAAAUGCACUUAUUUAACAGGAUUUUUCUGAAACAGAACUAUAUUCACCUAGGCUAUAUUCAUUUGGGUUUAAAA